UGUCUCCGAGAGACCAUGGCCGGGUCCCCGCGCUCCCCGCUGCUCCUGCUGGCCGCCCUGGCCCUGGCCCUCGCCCUGGCCGUGAGCCCCGCGGCCGGACAGGGCCACAAGGGCCGCCUGGUGGGCGGCCUAAUAGACGCGGAUGUCAACGAGGAGGGCGUGCAGCAGGCGCUGUCCUUUGCCCUCAGCGAGUACAACAAAGCGAGCAAUGACGCCUACCACGGCCGCGUGCUGCGCGUGCUGCGCGUCCGCAAGCAGGUCGUGGCGGGGAUGAACUACUUCUUGGAAGUGGAGAUUGGCCGAACCACGUGCACCAAGUCCCAGGCCAACCUGGACAACUGUCCCUUCCCCAACCAGCCGGACCUGCAGAAGAAAACGCUGUGCUCCUUCCAAGUUUACACCGUCCCCUGGAAGGGCACCACCUCCCUGGUGAAGUCCAGCUGUCGCGAUGAAUAGGGGACCCGGCAGCAG